CUGUAUUCCACUGUAACGUUAACUUUUUUCCCAGUGAAACCCUUUCCCUCUCUAUCUCUCUCUCUGAUUGAUCGUCUUCUCCGCUCUUCUGCAUCAGCUGCAAUUCUCCCGCAGAACAACCUCCUUCUCCAGAUGGCUGAAACUACAAAGUAUGUUCCCAUUAAUGGCGGAAAUCUACUCCUAGAACUGAAACCACAUUUCUCACUAAUCAAAACCCAGAGAACCAAGGUUUGUGUGUUCGGGUUCGUCUUUGUUUUCAUUGCUUUCACCAUUUUCCUGGCUUUUAGCCCUUCCCCCAACUCCUCGUCUCCUUGGUUCACCAACAUCUUUUCUUUAACUAGCAGCGCAAACGGCGAUGGAGGCGGCGGCGGGACUGUAUCCGCGCCGACAUACUCCAAUGACACUUCCGGAUCUCAGUUCUCUUCGAUUUUCUCUUAUUUUUUCCCGAAUUCGUCUCAGCAAGUUCAUAACCUUACUGCUCCUCCUCCCUAUAAUCCCCCGGCAUCGCAGAAAAACAGUUCUGAAGUGCUCAAUUUCAUUACAGAUCCAGAAACCUCGAAAAAUCUGACCAAUUCUACUGGUGAUAGUGUUCAAGCAUCGAAGCCGUCGAAUUAUAGCACUGCUUUGAACUCAACGGUUCCAUCUCGGUUGAACAACGAAUCAUCAAGUGUAAACAACCAGACGCGGAGUAAAGCUUCCGAUGAUAGUAAAGCUGGACCUGUGAACUCUAAUCGGACUACAAUUGACGAAAGUCAAAAGCCUCAGGCGAAUCUGACCAUCCCUUCUCUACCAAAGCCCGUUCCCGUUGAUAAAAAUGUGACCGAGAAGGGAGAGAAGGCAAUUUUGGAGAAGAAACACAACAACGGGACAGGUUCUAGUGAGGAUAUGCUGAAAUCGUUGUUGAAUUGCGAUUUCUUUGAUGGGAAUUGGGUUAAGGACGAAUCAUACCCUCUGUACAAGCCAGGCUCUUGUUCUCUCAUUGAUGAGCAAUUCAACUGCUUUAUCAAUGGAAGACCCGAUCAAGAGUACCCUAAAUAUAGAUGGAAACCUAAAGCUUGUACCAUCCCAAGAUUGAAUGCCACUCAUAUGCUGGAGAUGUUGAGAGGGAAGAGAAUAGUGUUUGUUGGCGAUUCUCUGAACAGGAAUAUGUGGGAAUCUCUUGUUUGCAUUCUCAGAAACUCUGUCAAGAAUCAGACUAAAGUUUACGAAGAAUCUGGCAAACAAUAUUUUCGUGGAGAAGCUUCGUACUCUUUUGUGUUUGAAGAGUAUGAGUUCAAAUUGGAAUUCUUUGUAUCUCCAUUCUUGGUUCAAGAAUGGGAAAUACCUGAUGGAAAUGGAAAGAAGAAGGAAACACUCCGUCUUGAUUUAGUUGGGCAUUCUGCUAAUAAAUAUGAAAAUGCAGACAUCAUAGUUUUCAACACUGGCCACUGGUGGACACACGAGAAGACUUCUAAAGGGGAGGAUUAUUACCAAGAAGGUAGUCAUGUGUACCAUGAACUAAAUGUUCUCGAGGCUUUCCGAAAGGCUUUAACUACGUGGGCAAGAUGGGUGGAUGGCCAUAUAAAUCCUGCAAAAACAUUUGUUCUCUUCAGAGGUUAUUCUGCAUCUCAUUUCAGCGGUGGGCAGUGGAAUUCUGGUGGGGCAUGUGACCAUGAAGCGGAACCAAUAAAGAACGAGACGUACCUAACGGCAUACCCACCCAAGAUGGAAGUGUUGGAGAGAGUACUGAAGGGUAUGAAGACUCAAGUCUCUUACCUUAAUGUCACAAGAAUGACAGAUUUCCGGAAGGAUGGCCAUCCAUCAAUGUACAGGAAACAACAUUUGUCCGACGAGGAGCGGAAAUCUCCAAUGUUGUACCAAGAUUGCAGCCAUUGGUGCUUGCCAGGGGUGCCUGACAUCUGGAAUGAAAUCCUUUAUGCAAAAAUUCUGGUCAACCAAUACCAGAAGCAACACCAAACAAAGCCUUAGGUAAAUUUCAUGACAUGAAACACGCCAGAGGUUUUUAUUGUUUAUACAUACCUAAACCUUUACAGAAGGAAAAAAGUGCAUUAGAUUAAAUCCCUUAUUCGAUAAAAUUAUUUACUAGUUUCCAGUCCAUGCACAGGAAAGAUAGAAGAAAAAAACAACCAGAGUAAAAUCCAAGAUGAGUACUUUCAUAACUUAUUCUUCGGGGUCUAUUUUGAGUUCCAAAUUGAGAAAUACUGAAGUGUUCAAGGAACACCCAACACUCAAUGUGUCAUCCAUUUUAGCAUUUAGAAUUGCUGUUUGUGCAUUUUAAGGGGCGCCUAUAUAUAAGGUGGGAUCCACUCAAAAAAGCUAAUGGUCCACUAAAUAGACAACUGUCAAUGCUUGAGUGGGUUGAUUCGAUCAAUAGAUUAUGAUAUGGGGUACUGGAUUUGUAAUUUUUAUUUCACAUCUCUGGUGUGAAUGUUGUAAAUUCUUCUUCCUAUUGUAAGUGUAAUACUUUGAUUAUAAUGCUUAUGAACAGUGAAAACAAUGACAUGCUACUAUAUGUAUUGCAUCAUCUUUGUGCAUUUCUGGAUCGUUCUGUUGAAUACACCAGGCAUAGGCAUUGUCUCAAUUCAUGUUUGUUCAAUUAUUAGUUGACUUUAAC